UUUUAAACCGUCAUAAAAGUCUUUAUACGAUUUAACAUUUUACAUAAUAUUUUCAGAAAUGUUUUCAGUUGCAUUAAAAUAAAUUUUUACUUUCAGACAUUCCAAUAUGAUGGAUAAAAAAAAACUUGUGCGAAUGUUUACAGCUGCUGACGAGGACGGAUCAGGGAAUAUAACUAAGGCUGAAAUGAAAAAGCAAUUAAAAGCUGAUAGUUGUUAUCCAGGAGAUGAUUUUUUCGCAGCUAUUUUCAAGUCGAUUGAUAAAGACGGUUCUGGAGAAUUGAGUUUUGAUGAAUUCGUCGCUGGCGUCUCGUUAAUUGAGAAAUUAAAAAGUCAACCUGGAAAUGCAAUAGAAGAAUGGAGAAAAUUAUUUCAAAAGGCUGAUUCAGAUUCAUCCGGAAAUAUUGACAAAGGUGAAUUAAAAAAAAUUUUAAAAGAGUUGAAUGCAUAUCCUGGAGAUAAAGAAUAUGAUUUUGUCUUCAAAGAGUUUGACAUAGAUGGUUCUGGAGAAGUUGAUUUUAUAGAAUUUGUAUUAGUGUUGGUAAAGCUAAAUGUUUCACUUCCUAAAAAGGUUUCUUCAAAAAAUUCAUUUGGUCUUAAUGAUUUUUAUCGAUUUUUUAAAGAAGCUGAUGCAGACAAUACGGAAAAUAUUGAUGAAAAGGAAAUGGAAAAGUUACUCCGCGCAAUAAAUCUUUAUCCAGGAAAUAAAGAAUUUUAUGCUCAGUUUCGAUUAGCUGACAGUGAUGGUUCAGGACAUUUAGACUUUGAAGAGUUUGUUAAAUUAAUAAAAAUAUUCCAAGAAAACGAUGAGCUGAAAAAGAAGUUUGCUAAACUUGAUGUUGAUGGAAAUGGUUUUUUAGACUUCAAUGAAAUUAAACGUGCUUUCAAAGCUAUGAACUACUCUAUAUCUGAUCAAGCCAUACAGGACAUGAUUGCAGUAGCAAGCUUAGAUGGUGACAAUACAGUGUCGUUUGAAGAGUUUUGUGCAAUUGCCAGAAGAAAACAACGGUAAAACAAUGUUUAAACUAUGAGGAUUAUAAACUUGUAAAUAUACGUGUAAAUAAAUUGUUAUUUUUGAAAA